GAUCACUGAGAUUCGACGAACCUUUGUUUGAUUUCUGGAAUUUUGAGAUCGUGGUGCUUCUCUCUUUGAAUGUUGAAUCGGUUCGUUUCUCGGAUCUCGAUGAUCCUCGAUUUUCUCAACCAAACUUGAACAAAACCUUUCUAUUUUUCGCUCCGAGCUUAAUUUAUUGUCGCCGCCAUGUUUGAAGCUCAUGUACUGCAUCUGCUUCGGAGAUAUUUGGGUGAAUAUGUGCAUGGACUCUCGACAGAGGCUCUGAGAAUUAGUGUCUGGAAAGGUGAUGUUGUUCUUAAAGAUUUGAAGUUAAAGGCGGAGGCUCUCAAUUCACUGAAACUUCCGGUAGCUGUCAAAUCUGGUUUUGUUGGAACCAUCACUUUGAAGGUCCCUUGGAAAAGUUUAGGGAAAGAGCCAGUCAUUGUUCUGAUCGAUCGUGUCUUCGUUCUUGCUUAUCCCGCCCCUGAUGACCGAACACUUAAGGAGGAAGACAGGGAAAAGCUUCUAGAAACCAAGCUUCAGCAGAUCGAGGAAGCAGAAACAGCAACUCUUGAAGCAAGGGCAAAAUCUAAGCUGGGAAGUCCUCCACAAGGGAAUUCAUGGCUAGGUUCGAUUAUUGCUACGAUUAUUGGUAAUCUGAAAGUAUCCAUCAGCAAUGUACAUAUUAGAUACGAGGAUUCUACCAGUAAUCCAGGGCACCCCUUUGCUGCGGGCAUCACCUUAGCCAAGCUCGCAGCUGUUACAAUGGAUGAAGAAGGAAAUGAGACCUUUGACACAAGUGGCGCUUUGGAUAAACUGCGUAAGUCGUUGCAGCUUGAAAGGCUUGCUCUGUAUCAUGAUUCUAAUAGCUUUCCCUGGGAAAUAGAGAAGCAAUGGGACAAUAUUACUCCUGAGGAAUGGGUUGAGAUGUUUGAAGAUGGCAUAAAGGAGCAGACCGAGCAUAAAAUAAAGUCAAAAUGGGCCUUGAAUCGUCACUAUCUAUUGUCCCCUAUCAAUGGAUCUCUUAAGUAUCACCGGUUAGGAAAUCAGGAGAGAAAUAAUCCGGAGAUUCCAUUUGAAAGGGCAUCAGUUAUCCUUAAUGAUGUUAACGUGACUAUUACAGAGGAGCAAUAUCAUGAUUGGAUAAAGCUAGUCGAAGUUGUUUCCAGAUACAAAACAUAUAUAGAGAUCUCACAUUUAAGGCCUAUGGUUCCGGUUUCAGAAGCUCCACGUUUGUGGUGGCGGUUUGCUGCUCAAGCUAGUUUGCAACAAAAGAGAUUAUGCUAUCGAUUUUCCUGGGAUAGCAUUCACCAUCUUUGCCAGUUACGUCGGCGCUAUAUUCAGCUGUAUGCCAAUUUUCUGCAGCAGUCAUCAGAUGCUAAUUACCCAGAGAUGAGAGAAAUCGAAAAGGACCUUGAUUCCAAAGUGAUUCUCUUGUGGAGGUUGCUUGCACAUGCAAAGGUAGAAUCUGUAAAGUCAAAAGAAGCAGCUGAGCAGAGAAAGCUGAAAAAGGGUGGUUGGUUCUCAUUCCAAUGGCGGACAGAAGCUAAAGAUAACCCUGAGGUAGAUAGUGUGGCUGACGGAUCAAAAUUGAUGGAGGAAGGAUUGACUACAGAUGAAUGGAAGGCCAUAAAUAAGUUACUGAGUCAUCAGCCAGAUGAAGAGAUGAAUUUGUAUUCAGGAAAAGACAUGCAGAAUAUGACUCACUUUCUUGUAACGGUAUCAAUUGGUCAAGGUGCGGCUAGGAUUGUUGAUAUAAAUCAGACUGAGGUGCUGUGUGGUAGGUUUGAGCAGCUCGAUGUCACGACCAAGUUCAAAUAUCGAAGUAGUCAGUGUGAUGUAUCACUGAGGUUCUAUGGGUUAUCUGCACCAGAAGGUUCACUAGCGCAGAGUGUAUCCAGUGAGAGAAAGACAAAUGCCUUGAUGGCUAGUUUUGUGAACGCACCAAUUGGAGAGAACAUUGAUUGGAGGCUAUCAGCCACGAUAUCCCCUUGUCAUGCUACGAUCUGGACUGAAAGUUAUGAUCGUGUAUUAGAGUUUGUGAAGCGAAGUAAUGCAGUUAGCCCUACUGUUGCACUGGAAACUGCUGCUGUGCUUCAGAUGAAACUAGAGGAAGUGACUCGACGGGCUCAAGAGCAACUUCAAAUAGUGUUGGAGGAACAAAGCAGAUUUGCUCUCGACAUUGAUCUUGAUGCUCCAAAGGUGAGAAUUCCUUUGAGGGCUUCAGGAUCGUCCAAGUGCAGUAGCCAUUUCCUCUUGGAUUUUGGUAAUUUUACGUUAACCACCAUGGAUACUCGGUCUGAGGAGCAAAGGCAAAACUUAUAUUCCCGGUUCUGCAUUUCGGGAAGAGAUAUUGCUGCUUUCUUUACAGACUGUGGAUCUGACAACCAAGUUUGCAGUUUAGUCAUGGAAGAUUUCACUAAUCAGACAAUUCUGUCUCCCAUUCUAGAGAAAGCGGACAACGUUUAUUCCCUUAUUGAUAGGUGUGGAAUGGCAGUUAUUGUUGAUCAGAUCAAAGUACCUCACCCAAGUUACCCCUCCACUAGAAUUUCGAUCCAAGUGCCAAAUAUUGGUGUUCAUUUCUCUCCAACAAGAUAUAUGAGGAUCAUGCAAUUGUUCGACAUCUUGUAUGGUGCUAUGAAAACUUACAGUCAAGCUCCUGUUGAUCACAUGCCAGAUGGAAUCCAACCUUGGAGUCCUGCAGAUCUGGCUAGUGAUGCUAGAAUCUUAGUUUGGAAGGGAAUUGGCAACUCUGUUGCUACUUGGCAAUCUUGUCGCCUUGUUCUAUCUGGUUUAUAUCUGUAUACAUUUGAAUCAGAGAAGUCACUUGACUAUCAACGUUAUUUAUGCAUGGCUGGUAGGCAAGUAUUCGAGGUUCCACCCGCAAAUGUUGGUGGUUCCCCAUACUGUCUUGCUGUCGGUACAAGGGGAACAGAUCUUAAAAAGGCCCUGGAAUCUUCUAGCACCUGGAUCAUAGAAUUUCAGGGGGAGGAGAAGGCAGCUUGGCUGAGAGGACUGGUCCAAGCCACCUAUCAAGCUUCUGCUCCUUUGUCGGGGGAUGUACUUGGUCAAACGAGUGAUGGUGAUGGUGACUUCCAUGAACCUCAGACCAGGAAUAUGAAAGCUGCUGAUCUUGUUAUUACUGGUGCUUUGGUUGAGACGAAGUUGUACUUGUAUGGAAAGAUCAAGGAUGAAUGUGAUGAGCAGGUUGAAGAGGUUCUGCUUCUUAAAGUUCUUGCUUCCGGAGGAAAGGUGCACGUGAUAAGUUCCGAGAGUGGCUUAACUGUUAGGACAAAGUUGCACUCUCUGAAAAUCAAAGAUGAACUCCAGCAGCAGCAGACAGGAAGUGCUCAAUAUUUGGCUUACUCGGUCCUGAAGAACGAAGACAUACAAGACUCAUUAGGAACAUGUGAUUCUUUCGACAAGGAGAUGCCUGUAGGACAUGCAGAUGAUGAAGAUGCCUACACAGAUGCUUUGCCAGAGUUUCUGUCACCUACAGAACCAGGUACUCCGGAUAUGGAUAUGAUUCAAUGCAGCAUGAUGAUGGACUCCGAUGAACAUGUGGGACUCCAGGAUACUGAAGGAGUAUUUCAUGAAAAAGAUACAUCUCAGGGAAAAGGUCUUUGCGAUGAGGUAUUUUAUGAGGUGCAGGGUGGUGAAUUUUCUGAUUUUGUGUCAGUUGUUUUCUUGACAAGGAGCUCCAGUUCCCACGAUUAUAAUGGAAUUGACACACAGAUGAGCAUUCGCAUGUCAAAACUGGAGUUCUUUUGUAGCAGACCAACUGUUGUUGCUCUAAUUGGUUUUGGAUUUGACUUGAGCACUGCAUCAUAUAUCGAAAAUGAUAAAGACGCCAACACUUCGGUACCUGAGAAAUCUGAUAGUGAGAAAGAAACAAAUGACGAAAGUGGACGCAUUGAAGGCUUACUUGGAUAUGGCAAGGAUCGUGUAGUGUUUUACCUGAACAUGAAUGUUGAUAAUGUGACUGUGUUUCUCAACAAGGAGGAUGGUUCUCAGCUUGCGAUGUUUGUGCAGGAACGAUUUGUGUUGGACAUUAAGGUUCACCCGAGCUCUCUUUCAAUAGAAGGGACUCUUGGAAAUUUUAAACUCUGUGACAAGUCGUUAGACUCUGGAAACUGUUGGAGUUGGCUCUGUGACAUACGUGAUCCUGGUGUUGAGUCUCUUAUCAAGUUCAAAUUCAGUUCAUACAGUGCUGGAGACGACGACUAUGAAGGUUAUGAUUAUAGCUUAUCUGGUAAACUAUCGGCUGUUCGCAUUGUAUUCCUCUACAGAUUUGUUCAAGAGGUUACAGCAUAUUUCAUGGGACUUGCUACUCCUCAUUCCGAAGAAGUCAUUAAACUUGUUGACAAAGUUGGAGGCUUUGAGUGGCUAAUCCAGAAAGAUGAAAUGGAUGGUGCUACUGCGGUGAAACUGGACCUUUCGUUAGACACUCCAAUAAUUGUUGUCCCUAGAGAUUCUCUGAGCAAGGAUUACAUUCAACUUGACCUUGGUCAGCUGGAGGUAUCAAAUGAAAUAAGUUGGCAUGGGGGUCCGGAGAAAGAUCACAAUGCUGUACGUGUAGAUGUUCUUCAUGCGAAGAUUCUUGGACUAAAUAUGUCAGUAGGCAUAAAUGGUUCAAUUGGUAAACCAAUGAUACGUGAAGGCCAAGGAUUGGACAUCUUUGUCCGGCGCAGCCUAAGAGAUGUUUUUCAGAAAGUCCCAACACUUUCGGUUGAGGUUAAGAUUGAUUUCUUGCAUGCUGUGAUGUCUGACAAAGAAUAUGAUAUUAUUGUAAGUUGCACAUCCAUGAAUUUGUUUGAGGAGCCAAAGCUACCUCCAGAUUUCCGUGGUAGCAGUUCUGGUCCCAAAGCUAAAAUGCGUCUACUGGCUGACAAAGUCAACUUGAAUAGUCAGAUGAUAAUGUCACGUACAGUUACCAUACUGGCUGUUGAUAUCAAUUAUGCUCUUCUCGAGUUACGUAAUAGUGUUAAUGAAGAGUCACCAUUAGCUCAUGUUGCGCUUGAAGGAUUAUGGGUAUCCUACAGGAUGACAUCACUAUCUGAGACAGAUUUGUAUGUGUCAGUUCCUAAAGUUUCAGUUCUUGAUAUCCGCCCUAACACAAAGCCUGAAAUGCGACUGAUGCUCGGCUCAUCGGUCGAUGCUUCCAAGCAAGCUUCUUCUGAAUCUUUUCCCUUUUCCCUUAAUAAGGGCAGCUUUAAGCGAGCCAACUCUAGGGCUGUUCUUGAUUUUGAUGCACCAUGUUCCACGAUGUUGCUGAUGGAUUAUAGAUGGCGAGCAUCCUCUCAGUCAUGUGUUUUGCGGGUGCAACAACCUCGUAUCCUUGCUGUUCCUGACUUCCUUCUUGCGGUUGGUGAAUUUUUUGUUCCAGCUUUGCGUGCAAUAACAGGAAGAGAUGAAACAUUAGAUCCAACAAAUGAUCCAAUCACCAGAAGUAGUGGCAUAGUUCUCUCUGAGCCUCUCUAUAAACAGACAGAAGAUGUCGUGCACUUGUCCCCAUGUAGACAGUUAUUAGCAGAUUCACUGGGCAUUGAUGAGUAUACCUAUGACGGAUGCGGAAAGGUAAUCUCGUUGAGUGAGCAAGGAGAGAAGGAUUUAAACUUAGGAAGAUUAGAACCCAUCAUAAUCGUUGGGCAUGGAAAGAAGUUGCGCUUCGUCAAUGUGAAAAUUAAGAAUGGAUCCCUUCUGAGCAAGUGCAUUUACUUGAGUAACGAUAGUAGCUGUUUAUUUUCUCCGGAAGAUGGUGUUGACAUCUCAAUGUUAGAAAAUGCCUCAUCUAAUCCGGAGAAUGUGCUUAGCAAUGCGCACAAAUCAUCAGAUGUUGCAGACACUUGUCAAUAUGAUUCGAAGUCUGGUCAGAGUUUUACCUUUGAAGCUCAGAUUGUUUCUCCUGAGUUCACGUUCUUUGAUGGUACAAAAUCAUCUCUGGAUGACUCCUCUGCUGUAGAAAAGCUUUUGCGAGUGAAAUUGGAUUUUAAUUUUAUGUAUGCUUCAAAAGAAAAUGACAUCUGGGUUCGAGCCUUGCUAAAGAACCUGGUUGUUGAAACUGGUUCUGGUCUUAUCAUUCUUGAUCCAGUCGAUAUCUCUGGGGGAUACACUUCUGUCAAAGAGAAAACAAAUAUGUCCUUAACCUCCACUGACAUAUACAUGCACCUUUCUUUGAGUGCUCUUUCUCUCCUACUAAAUCUGCAGAGCCAAGUAACUGGAGCUUUACAGUCUGGAAAUGCUAUUCCUUUAGCUUCAUGCACCAACUUUGACAGGAUUUGGGUUUCACCAAAAGAAAAUGGACCUAGGAACAAUCUCACAAUUUGGAGGCCGCAGGCUCCUUCAAACUAUGUCAUAUUGGGAGACUGUGUGACGUCAAGGGCAAUUCCUCCUACACAAGCUGUAAUGGCAGUAAGUAAUACAUAUGGGCGUGUGAGGAAGCCGAUAGGGUUUAAUCGUAUUGGCCUGUUCUCUGUUAUUCAAGGUUUAGACGGGGCUAAUGUUCAGCAUUCCCGUGAUAGCAAUGAGUGUUCCCUCUGGAUGCCUGUAGCUCCUGUAGGGUACACUGCUAUGGGUUGUGUUGCAAAUAUAGGAAGUGAGCCACCACCUGAUCACAUUGUUUAUUGUCUAAGGUCUGACCUUGUAUCUUCCAGCAGUUUCUCUGAGUGCAUAUACACCGUUCCCUCCAGUUCAUUAUUGGAAUCUGGAUUCAGCAUUUGGCGUGCUGAUAAUGUUCUUGGAUCAUUCUAUGCUCACACUUCAACUGCAGCUCCUUCCAAAAAAUAUAGCUCUGGCCUCAGUCAUUGUCUUCUUUGGAAUCCCCUUCAGUCGAAGGCAUCUUCAUCCUCUGACCCAUCAUCGACAAGUGGGUCCCGGAGCGAAACAAGUAUUCAGACUGGAAGUUCAUCAGGAUGGGACAUUCUCAGGUCAAUUUCUAAGCCAACUAGUUAUCAUGUUUCAACUCCUAAUUUUGAGAGAAUCUGGUGGGACAAGGGUGGUGAUCUUCGUAGACCUGUUUCAAUAUGGAGGCCUAUUCCACGUCCUGGUUUUGCAAUAUUGGGUGAUAGCAUAAUUGAAGGAUUGGAGCCACCUGCACUGGGAAUACUCUUCAAAGCAGAUGACUCUGACAUUGCUGCAAAACCUUUGCAGUUCAAUAAAGUCGCUCAUAUUGUGGGGAAAGGCUUUGAUGAAGUUUUCUGCUGGAUUCCUGUUGCACCUCCUGGUUAUGUUUCUCUAGGAUGUGUUCUCUCUAAAUUUGAUGAGGCGCCUCAUGUCGAUUCGUUUUGUUGUCCAAGGAUCGAUCUUGUUAACCAGGCCAACAUUUCUGAACCUUUUGUCACGAGAUCUUCAAGUUCAAAGUCUUCUCAAUGCUGGAGCAUUUGGAAAGUUGAUAAUCAGGCAUGUACUUUUAUUGCACGUUCUGAUCAUAAAAGGCCUCCAAGUCGAAUGGCUUUCGCUGUUGGAGAAUCUGUAAAACCGAAGACACAGGAAAAUGUAAAUGCAGAAAUUAAGCUGAGAUGCUUCUCCCUGACACUUCUAGAUGGAUUACAUGGAAUGAUGACUCCUCUCUUUGACACAACUGUCACCAAUAUCAAGCUAGCAACUCAUGGUCCGUGGGAGCCGCUUCUGGAGCCAUUUGAUGGAAUAUUCAAGUUGGAAACAUAUGAUACUGCUCUGAACCAAUCAUCAAGGCCAGGGAAACGGCUGCGAAUUGCUACUACUAACAUUUUGAACAUAAAUGUUAGUGCUGCAAACCUUGAAACUCUUGGCGAUGCCGUUGUUUCAUGGAGAAGGCAAUUAGAACUUGAAGAAAGAGCGGCCAAAAUGAAAGAAGAAUCAGCUGCCUCUCGUGAGAGUGGGGAUCUUUCAGCUUUUUCAGCUCUUGACGAAGAUGAUUUUCAAACCAUUGUGGUAGAGAAUAAACUCGGGCGUGACAUUUAUCUGAAAAAGCUGGAGGAGAACUCAGAUGUAGUUGUGAAAUUGUGUCACGACGAAAACACUUCUGUCUGGGUUCCGCCUCCAAGGUUCUCCAAUAGGUUAAAUGUUGCAGACAGUUCUAGAGAAGCACGCAAUUACAUGACUGUACAGAUUCUUGAGGCUAAGGGUUUGCAUAUCAUUGAUGAUGGUAACAGUCACAAUUUCUUUUGCACCCUACGCCUCGUUGUUGAUAGUCAGGGUGCAGAACCACAAAAGCUUUUUCCUCAAAGUGCUAGGACAAAGUGCGUCAAGCCGUCCAUUACAAUUGUCAACGACUUGAUGGAGUGCACUUCCAAGUGGAAUGAACUUUUUAUUUUUGAAAUUCCGCGGAAGGGAGUUGCCAGAUUGGAGGUUGAGGUAACUAACCUUGCUGCUAAGCUGGAAAAGGUUCAAUCCUAUUACUUUAAGGCUCUUUUCUUUGACCUGUUUAACUAUUCCUUAUGGGAAGUCGUUGGGUCACUUUCGUUUCCUGUUGGUCAUGGUGAAAGUACGCUUCGAAAGGUAGCUUCAGUAAGGAUGCUACAUCAAUCAAGUGAUGCCGAGAAUAUAAGUUCGUAUUCGCUUCAGAGGAAGAAUGCUGAAGAUAAACAUGACAACGGGUGCUUGCUUAUCUCAACAUCUUACUUUGAGAAGACUACAAUCCCCAACACACUAAGAAAUAUGGAAAGUAAGGAUUUUGUUGACGGAGACACUGGUUUCUGGAUUGGAGUUCGCCCUGAUGACUCAUGGCAUAGCAUUCGCUCACUGCUUCCACUCUGUAUUGCUCCAAAAUCACUACAAAAUGAUUUUAUUGCAAUGGAAGUUUCUAUGAGAAAUGGGAGAAAGCACGCAACAUUCAGAUGUUUAGCUACAGUUGUAAAUGAUUCAGAUGUCAAUUUAGAGAUAUCUAUAUCUUCCGAUCAGAAUGUCUCUUCUGGAGUAAGCAAUCAUAAUGCUGUGAUUGCCUCUAGAUCUUCAUAUAUUUUACCAUGGGGAUGUUUAUCAAAGGAUAAUGAACAGUGCCUGCACGUCCGGCAAAGGCUGAGAACCCUCAUCAUUCUAUGCAUGGGGUUGUUGCACCGCAGUGAGUUUGGUUGUGGAAAAGAUCAACCUUUUGUUGAUCAAGGUUUGCUGACUCGGCAGAAUACUGUCAAAGCAAAGCAGUAGGGCAUCUGCAUUUUCUUUGAAAUUAAACCAGCUUGAGAAGAAGGAUAUGCUUUUCUGCUGCCAGCCUUCUACUGGGAGUAAGCCAUUAUGGCUCAGUGUAGGAGCAGAUGCGUCAGUUCUUCAUACAGACCUCAAUACACCUGUUUAUGAUUG